AUGGGACUAACCAAGGACAAUGCCUCGAUUGGCAUUAUUGGCAUGGGCGAUAUGGGCAAGAUGUAUGCCCAGCGCCUGAGUGAUGCCGGAUGGAGGAUCAUCGCCUGUGACAGACCUGAGAACUAUGAAUCCUUACAACAAGAGUUCGCUUCUCAACCAAGGGUCACCAUCUUGCCGAAUGGCCAUCUCGUUUCCAGACUUAGCGAUUUCAUUCUUUACAGUGUAGAGGCCGGGAUAAUCGACAAGGUAGUGGCGCAGUUCGGGCCCUCAACCAAGGCCGGCGCGAUCGUCGGCGGCCAAACGUCCUGCAAGGCCCCCGAGCUCGCGGCGUUCGACAAACACCUGCCCCCGGAUGUAGAGAUUGUAUCCUGCCAUUCGCUCCAUGGCCCCAAGGUCAAUCCCGAGGGACAGCCACUGGUCCUGAUCCAACACCGCGCCUCGGACGAAAGCCUGCGAUUCGUCGAAGAGAUCCUAUCGUCAUUCGGGUCCAAAAUUGUCUACCUCACCGGUGAGCUGCAUGACCGCAUCACCGCCGACACCCAAGCCGUCACACACGCCGCGUUCCUCAGCAUGGGCACCGCGUGGCAUGCCAACCAACAGUUUCCCUGGGAGAUCUCACGCUGGGUCGGCGGGAUCGAGAACGUCAAGAUCAACAUCACCCUCCGCAUCUACUCGAAUAAAUGGCACGUCUAUGCUGGCCUGGCCAUCCUCAACCCGGCGGCCCAGCAGCAGAUCCGCCAGUACGCACAGUCCGUCACCGAGCUGUAUAAACUCAUGAUUGGGGGACAACGGGAUGAGCUGAAGCGCCGCGUGAAAGCGGCCGGCGCCUCGGUCUUCAAGGCUGGCACGGAGGGACAAGACCUUUUGCUGAAGGAUGAGGUGCUGGAUCGGUUUUCUCUGUCUAAUCGCUCGCGCGAGAUGUCGCCUCCGAACAGCCACUUGAGCCUGCUGGCGAUUGUGGACUGCUGGUCGAAAUUGGGGAUUGUCCCCUAUGACCACAUGAUCUGUUCGACUCCGCUGUUUCGUCUUUGGCUGGGCGUCACGGAAUACUUAUUCCGCAAUCCGGAGCUUCUUGAUGAAGCACUCGACACGGCGAUUGACGACAACACCUUCCGGUCAGACGAUUUGGAGUUUACCUUUGCGGCACGGGCCUGGUCCGAUUGCGUAUCCUUUGGAGACUUUGAAUCCUAUCGGGACCGCUUCGAGCGGAUCCAGCAGUACUUCUCGCCUCAGUUUCCAGAGGCGGCGAAACUGGGCAAUGAGAUGAUGAAGACGAUUCUGGAGAAGACGGAAAACAGGCAUAACAAUGGUACAACCCUCCCGCGGGCUGGAUGGAGCUCGAUGGCUUCCGGGCACAACUCAGCAUUCUCCACCACCUCGACCCAGCACCGUGUUUUGGGCGAGGGCCGCUCAUCUCUCAGCCAGGAUGGCUCCUCCGCCGACGGAAGCUGGCACGAUGCCAGCUCACGAACGGGGCGGAAUGGUCGGUCUGAGUCUGGGGGCAGUGCCACCAUGGCUCCCAGGGCGUCAUUGGCUCCGUCCUUUGGCGGGCCCGGCAGCUUCAGUGCUGAGCUCAAGAGCAUGAAUUCCAGGAGCGUCACCCCGCGACCAGAUGGCACGUACGCCGCCCGCCGAGCCAGCCGAUCGAUCGGCGAGGACGACUUACCCACCACCGAGGAGCGCCAGGCCGUCAUUCGAGACAAGAUCGCCAAGGAAAUGAAGAUCAAGACCGGGACCGAGAAUAUGUUGGAGGCCCUGUUGGCAAAACCCCCGAAACAGACCAAGGAACAGAGAUUACGCGUCGAGUCCGAGCUCAGCUCGUCCAACCGAAAACUGGCGGAGCUGCACCAGGAACUGGAGGAUGAACUCUUACGUGCGCAGGCGCCGUCGUCCCCCCCUCCUCGCAGUCGCCUCUCGGGUAUCUUCCGCGGCAGUCCCAUGCGCUCGCCGUCGCGCAAUGACACUCGUGGUGGGUUGCUGGAUGAGGAUAUUGAGGAGGAUGGCGAAGGAGAUAUGGAGUCGCCAACCUUUGUCUUGACGGAAACGUUACAAGCACUAGAAAUCGAAGGGAUGUCGCCUGAUUUCUACGUGGAACGUGCAAACAGCUUGGUUGAACUGUUCAAGCGGUACCCCUCGUUGAAAUAUGAUCUAGCAUGGCCGGUGUUCGGUCUCCGCGUCCAAGUCAUGCUCCUGAGUGACAACAAGGAAGUGGUAGCCGCGGGAUAUCGGUUGACUCGCUAUGCCAUAGCGGACCGGAAAUCUUUGCAGACGAUCCGGACGCUUCACACCGAUGAGCUGAUCAUAUUGUCUCUGGUCAAAGAAAGUAAAGCAAGUAUCGAAAGGGAACAGGCUUUAAAGUUUGUACGGGCGUUUUUGGAUGUCAAAGACGGUGUGAAAGAGAUUGAUCGCGCCAUCGUACGAACGAUCGUCUCCAUCGCGGAGCACCACGAGGACCGACUUCGGAACAUAUCAAUCAUGACUUUGGCGGAGAUGUUGGUCAAAGACCCCGAGUUGGUCGCUUCUGCUGGCGGAUUCUCCGCGCUGCAUGAUGCUUUGGCCGAGGGGACUUUUGGUGCGUCGGAGAGUUUGAUCUCGAGCUUUUUGCAUGUUCUUGAUACCCCUCGGAGUCGAAAGUACUUGCAAGGGUGUGAGCUUGAAGCCGUCCUCGCACCCUUCACGGACUCCUUGUCCGAUUCAAUGCGCAAUGGGCGGCUAAAGUCCGCCGCUAGAGCGAUAUCUGCAAUGCUGAAGACUUGGCCGGGUCUGGUGAUUCUUGCAAGGCACCAAUCUCAGCCACUACGCUCCCUUCUCGAAUCACUCCACUAUCCCGAUCCUCAGGCUCGCGACCUCAUCAUGGAGCUGUUGUUUGACGCUCUUCGGAUCAAGCCUCCUUCUUGGUCGUCUUCUUUUCUGGCUGGCAGAAGACUCACAACAUAUGGCAGAGUCUCAAAUCUCCGCUCAGACCCAGACCCCAAAUUCUCUCGCGGUUUCUCAGACACCAGGAGCGACAAAUUCGAUCUCACGGCACAUUUUUCGACUCUAAUAUUGGCAGCAUUGGUUGAGGCAGGGUUACCAAAGGCGCUUUCUGAUCUUAUUGAAGACGAAGCUGAUCCCUCACUUCGACGCAAGGCAACAUUGCUCUUGACCGAGGUACUCAAACUCGCCCAUCAUUCUUUGCCUCAGACGAUCAGCGCCAAUUUGCAAGUCCUUGCACACUUGAUUCCAUCAGCAAUCAAUUUUGACAUGGAAAACCAUGACGUCUCCACCUCAACCAUCUUCCAAAUUGACAGCAUUAACCGGACGAUGGCGCGCUCUGGUGGUUUCAACGGCGGGGCAAAUCGGUACAACAUGGACGCUGAUCUAUCGGCGUCUCUGCUACCCGGUGACCAGGGCAAGGACAAAUUGGGCCCUGCUAUGGACGAACAACAAUUCCGCAAUGCCAUCCUGGAGACCCAUGUGCUUAACACGGUCAACUACCUCAAGUGGAAAUGGGAUCUCAUCCAUCGGUUGGUUGAGGGGCCUCUUACCAACCCGAAGAGACUGGACGAGGCCAUUAAGGGGUCCAAGUUUAUGAAGCGUCUCAUUGGAUUCUACCGGCCUUUCAAGUACCGUUUCUCCAUGAUUCCCAACUCCAAACCAAACCAGCGUUACGUCCGGACUGGCUGCGCCCUCAUGCGCAUACUGGUCCAAGUUCCUGAGGGUGUCAAAUAUCUGGCCGAGAAUAAGUUUCUGAGACAGGUCGCUGAAUGUCUGGCCCAAGUGGACCGGAUGAGUGGUCUCACUUCCGCGUCACCCCUCUUCUCACGAGAGCAAAUGACCAAUACCUUGAGUGGUGGCUACUUUGCGAUGCUGGGCGCUCUAAGCGCUGAACCCAAUGGACUGAUCAUGAUGGAGAGAUGGCAUAUGCUGAACAUGUUUUACCACAUCAUCGAGCUCCGAGACCGGAACGACUUGAUCCAAACGCUUUUGGGGAAUAUGGAUUACGGCCAGGAAAGCCAUCUUCGAGUCAUGCUGUCUAAGGCUCUUACCAUUGGCUCUAAGGAGAUUCGAAUCUUUGCAACUAAGCUCCUCCGAAAAUACGCCGUGGGGGAUGCCAGUCUUCCCGCUAAUGCAGCCAUCGGCAAUGCGGAAUGGGUCAUCAAACUGCUGGUGACUCAACUAUAUGACCCAGAUGUCACGGUCUGCCAGACUGCCGUCAAGGUUCUCGAAGAGGCAUGCAACCAGCGCGAUUACCUCGAGUUUGUGGUCAAGUGCCGGCCUUCACUUGAUCACCUCGGAGAGAUUGGCGCGCCGCUUCUUUUGCGGUUCCUGUCCACUUCAGUCGGAUACCAUUACCUGGAUGGCCUGGACUACAUCACUCAAGAAAUGGACGACUGGUUCCUUGGGCGAAACGAUUCCUACGUUGGUCUGGUGGAGGCUGCUCUCUCCCGGGCUUAUGUCGACCAGCCACGACGCAGCAGCUAUGCGCCCGAGGAUCUGGUCGAUCUCCGAGACAUUGGCCUGGUUCCACCGCAUUUCUACCGAGAACUCGCUCGGACAGCCGAAGGGUGUAAAUUGUUAGAACAGUCGGGCCAUUUCAAUGAGUUUGCUUGGACGAUCCGCGAUUUCCAGCUGGACGAGGAAGACACCGAGGCGCUGCUCAAAGUCAAGGGUUGUCUGUGGGCCGUUGGCAAUGUUGGAUCCAUGGAAUUCGGCGCCCCGUUCCUCGAGUCGGAAAUCGUGCAGCGGAUUGUGCAGAUCGCAACGAGUGCCGGUGUCGUGACCAUGCGAGGUACUGCGUUUUUCGUAUUGGGACUCAUCUCUCGCAGUCGCCAUGGGCUGCAAGUGCUGCGAAAUCUGGGAUGGGACUCAGCCGUGGACCAGAAGGGAGACUCACUGGGUCUCUGUCUUCCCACCGAUUUCCGCAAACUGUUUUUGAUCUCCUUCCCCGGUUUCGAUGCAGAAGCAAGUCGCAUUCCGCGCGAGCAACUCAAAGAAGCCACCACGGACCCAGACUCAGUCAACCAGAAGAUCCUAAAGCUGAUCGUCGACAUGGGCAACACUGUCCUGUCGAAACGCUCGGCCGCAGAUCUCCACAGCAUCAAAUCCAAACAGCCCGAACGAUUCCACCAAGUCCAUCUCUUCCGCAAAACCCUCUGCAUUCUCGAGAGUCACCAUUUCCGACUCCCCGCCCGCCGCUUUGCCCUGGAUCUAUUCGACAAAAGCGUGAUGCGGCGGAUUGUUUUUGAAGAAGACUCGUCGUCGGACUCUGAGUCCUCAAACUCCGACUCGUCGACUUAA